AAGGCAGUGAUUGGCUGCUUGUCAAAUGGCCAUUCAGGAGCUUGAACAGAAAAGGCAGACAGCACUGCACAUCGCGAUAGAAAAAGGGCUGAAGGACAUAGUCAAAAUCCUUGUGGAAAAUGGAGCAGAUGUUCAGAUUCCGGCAACUGGAUCGUUCUUUCAGUUAAACAGAAACAGAGAGGACUGCUUCUACUUUGGACAGUAUCCUCUCUCCCUGGCCGCCUGCCUCAACCAAACUGAAAUCGUGGAAUUUCUCUUGGACCGAGAACACAAACCCUCCAAUCCAGAUGCUCGGGAUUAUCUGGGGAACACUGUGCUCCAUGCGCUAGUGAUGGUGGCUGAUGACACGGAGAAAACACACUUUGUGACUGAUAUGUAUGACCUCAUUCUGAAGAAGAGUGAAGAGAAGAUUAUAGAGAAAAAGGAGUUUUCUAAGGUCAACCUGGAGAAACUUCGCAACAAUGAGGGGCUGACCCCCCUGCAGUUAGCAGCCAAAGAAGGAAAACUUCAGCUCUUUCGGCACAUCUUAAGCAGAGAGUUUCCCAUCAACGACCGAAUGCACCACCUCUCCAGGAGAUUUGUUGAAUGGACCUAUGGGCCCAUUUGCACCUCUCUGUACGAUCUGGAUGAAGUGGACACGACAGACCAGCAGUCUGCCCUGAAGAUUGUGGUGUACAGCAACAAACAAGAUAAAUACUGUAACCUGCUGGAUGUGGAGCCCCUGAAGGAACUGAUAGAGGUCAAAUGGAAGAUGUUCGCUGCACUCAUGUUUGGGGUCAGCACAGCCUGGUAUCUCCACUACAUCAUCCUGUUCACCCUGAUCACGGCCCUGCAGCCCCACGUAACUAAGUCAGAAAGCAGCUUUUGGCUCACCUUUGGGAAGAUUUACAUUUUCAUUGUGGCCUUAGGCAUCCUGGUGAAGACGGCCUUUGACACCAUAGUGAUGUGGCCUUUUCAGUUAUACUCCUUCCUUAAGAACAGCUAUUUCCAUAUCCUUUUUGUCUUUCAGAGCUGCCUGGUGGUGGGCUCACUUCUCCAGUACUGGGAUGGAAAUGAGAACUUUGUGGUCAUGCAGGCGAUGGGUCUAAUGAUAGGCUGGUUUAAUCUUCUCUAUUUCUCCAGAGGAUUUAAGUUCACCGGCAUUUACACUGUCUUUAUCCAGCGGAACAUACCAGCUUUCCUAUAA